GGAAAUAGGUGACGGUGGAGCAGUCCACGGAGCUGCUGAGCGACUGCUCCAGCCCCGGGUCGUCCCCGUGGACGGACGCGCACCGCGGGGGUACCGCUGCGCUCCGGAUCCGCUGGAUCUCAUCGUCCGACAGAAAGUUGGAGAUCUUCUCUCUGCGGAGGAAGUCCAGAAAGUUAUCCAGCCCCCCGGACAGCAGCUCCUCCAGAGCCAGCCGGUGCCUCUCGUUGUACACCUCCUGCAGGUUCAGCUCUCCGGCCCCGGUGAGUCUGGGAGCCGCCCUCAGAGGUUCCCGGGGAACUGUUAAACUUGUCCAUGUGACAGCAGUCCUAAAGUGGCAGAAGGCAUGAAGCAACACUGUGAUAUUAUAGUGGCUGGUCCAUGACACUAAACUCCAUUCAACCCUCUCCACUAUCCACCUGCCCUCUGUUCUCAUCACACCGGACAACCAAUCACUCACUCUCCCAUUUACACAAAGCUGCACUAUGGCCAGCAAGAGGAAAUCCACUGUACCCUGCAUGAUACCAUCCAAAUCCAAACAUGUGCGUGAGGAAAUCAUACUGGGCUCGCUACCAGAACUCCUACCAACAAUCCCAGAAGAUAGCAUACUCAGCAUCUCUGGAGAAGAGUCUGGCCAUUUCUCUCACAGCUCCUCCAAAUCUGAAAGUGGCAGUGAGAUGCAGAAAGGAGGCACAUACAGCUGUCAGACUUGCUGUUUCGAGUCCAGAGAUCUCAACUACUUUUUGGAUCACAUGCACAACUGCCACUUAGACUUCAGGGCCCAGCCCACCUUCUACUGCCUGAACUGUGGGGUGUCUGUCGUCCGCUUCGAGGCUCUCGCACUGCAUAAUGCCACGGCCCACCCUAAGAUAAUGGAGGGCUUGGCUACUGCCUCUCUAGCCGUCAACAAGAGGGAUGGAGUAACAGCUGUGGAGCAAAGCCUCUUCACGGACAGCAGAGAAGAGUCCAGAGAAUCUGGGAUCUCCCUCACCAAAACACCAAUCGCAAAGAUGAUGAAAGCCAAGGGAGAGCACAAAAAGAUUGUGGUUUCUCACACCGUGGAGGUACGGAAGAUAGACACUGGAAAGGAUGUAGACCCCAGUAUGCUGACAAAUGUGCCUGAACUCCAAAACGGGGCUCUCAGUGUUUCUGCUGCUGCCCCAGCUAUGCCGAGGACCACUGUCACUCAUGUGAUUACGACGACAGUGUCCAACCAAGUCUUUCACCAGCACACUCCCUCCCUUUACUCUCCCCCUUCCUCCAAUUCCAAUAAAGACCUUCCAAAGGUGAUGAUCCCCCUCAGCAGCAUCCCCACCUACGAUGCUGCCAUGGACACCAGCAGCUUUCUCAAAACAUCCUUUGGCAAGUUCCCCUACCCGACCAAAGCCGAGCUCUGCUACCUAACGGUGGUUUCAGAGUUCCCCGAAGAGCAGAUCAAACUGUGGUUUACUGCCCAAAGGCUCAAGCAGGGCAUAAGCUGGUCUCCUGAAGAGAUUGAAGAGGCCAGAAGGAAAAUGUUCAACACCGUGUUCCAAGGUGGAGCACCCCAAAAGCAACCCACUACACCACGGCAUGUCAAUCACUUUGUAACCCACCACACUGUCACUGCCCAUCCAGGCUCAAAAGGACCAAACUUUCAGAUGGCCAGACUUCCAUACGGCAGUUUAAAGCCCAGGCCUCUCGGAGUCAUGGCCACCCAGGCCAACAUGUCAACCAACCCUCAUGUCACCAGGGUCUCGUAUUCUACUCCAAUUGCCCCCCCACGGUUUCCAUCUGUAGUCAGAACAGCACAGGUACUGACCAAGAAUUCUGAACCCACUGUGGAGCCAGACAAGAGCAAUGGCCUGGACAUGCCUGGAAGCAGCGGUUGUGUCAGUAGCACCAGCAGCAGUCAAAGCAGCAGUAGCAGCAGCAGUUGCAGUAGUAGCAGCAGCAUCAGCAGCUAUUCCAGCAGUAGUAAUGGUGUUGACACUAUCACCAGGAAACCUGUGCACAGCAGCAGCCCAACCAACAGCAUCAACAGCAUUGCUGCAUGCUCUACUAACAUUAGCAAUAAUGAUGAGCACUGUGUUACUGACACUAACGACAAACCAAAUGUCAAAAGCACCAGUUUACCAAUCGGAUUGGAAGGUUCCAAUGGUACCAACAGUCAAGUGAUCAUCGACAACACCAGCAAAUCCAACGUCACCUGUAACAAUCACAACAGCAGCACCAUCAGUGCACAAGAGCCAGCCCCCACCGCGAAGCCCGACAAUGAACACAACAGUUACAUUCACAAGACCAACAACAGCAGUAUUAGCAGUGAAUACCCCAGUUCUACCUGUAAUGACAGUGUCCCUAACCUGAAUCAUGCCAGCAGAUCCCCAACUGAAAGCACCAGCACCACUGUCAUUACAAAAAGCAGUUCAACCAUUUUAGAUGAGGAUAAAUGCAACAAAGACUUUCCCAUAAAAGGCAUGUCAAUCCUACAGCAGCUCAUUAAGGAGGAGGACCCGUUUUGCGGCGACAAAAGCCGCCCAGAGCUCAAAGUUGACCCUAUCAAGAUCAACUUCAAGAGGCUGAAGAUGAAUGAAGCAGAGACUACAUCUGAGAUUGUACAUCACGAGCACAGGUCUGAGAUUGCCGAGGUGUCGGCUUGUCAGCCGUCUUUCUCACCCCCGUGGGGCAACAAGACACCGCAGCAGCUGCACAUCCUCCGACAGGUUUUCUCCAACACCCGCUGGCCCAGCAGUCAGCAGUACGAGGAGUUAAGCGUCCAGACAGGCCUUCCUAAGUCCGAGGUGGUGCGCUGGUUCAGUGACAGCCGGUACAGCCACAAGAACGGGCAGCUGAAGUGGCUGGAGACCUAUCAGCGACCGCCUGCAGAGUCAGAGGACGCGAGGGGCCCCGGAGACGCAGGGGCCGAGUCACCGAAGGAGACUCCAGUGGUCCAAAAGAAACUUGUUGAGCAAGACAUGAACAAGCACCUUGAAGGAGCAGCAGGACUGAACUCAGGGCAGCGGGCUGUGUGGCAGGAUUCAUACUCACCGCUGCUGGGUCUGAUGGGAUCCGAGGGGAGCGACGAGCGAGGCCAAGCUGAGCAGUCAGCGCAGCCGGGAGACCUGCAGGACACCUGGUCAGAGCGAGGAGAGGACCACCAGCAGCCAGUGGCCAGCCAGGCACUCAUUGAACAACAGACUGAUGCCAAUCAGGCCAGGGAUCGCCUGAGGAUGGAGCUGCUGGAAGUGUGAUGAAGCGGCCCAGUCUCGCCAGAGGAACGUGAUGUUUAAAGGCUGGCUUGCUCCCCUUGCCGUAGUCUGAAAUAAAGAAAAAAGUAAAGAAAAGAAAAAAAACAAAACAAAAAUGAGUGUUCAUAAUGACAGCAGAUGUGAUUGUAGCUGGACCGUUGGACUCUGACUGUAACUGUGAAUACCCCCCACCCCUCCUCCUCCUCCUCCUCCUCCUCCUCCUCCUCUUUUUCCAUCUGCCAUCACUUCCUGCCAUCGUCAAAAGAAAAGAACUUCUCACCUUUGAGUCCUGUGAUGUUUAAGCCUUUCAUGCUUCUUUGUGGUUGUGUGGGGAGGGUGCACAAUGAGGUCAGUACGAGGGAUCAAAGAAAAGAAAGAAAAGACGCACACUGACUGGAAAACUGACUUGAAUGAGCGAAGAUAGGGUAGGAUAUGGGCCGAGAGAUAUUGUUUUUGGGUCAGAGGGAGAAAUAUAUAUAUGAUUGAAACUGCACUAUAAAAGAGGGUUUGUACUGACUGGACAAACAAAAGAUGUGUCAAGGAAAUGUUAUUGUUGGCUUUGUGAUAUUUUUUACUUUUUUAGCAACCAGUACUUCAGCACUGCCUUGAAUUUUACUUUUUCCGUUAUUCGGUUUUUUCAAUUCUACUUACUCUUCUAUAGUCACUGUAAGUCCAGAUGCAAUCAAACAUGUUUUAUUUAGAUCUGUAUAAAUGUUGGUGAUCACUUUGCAGUUCAGCUACACGCAAGAGACUAUAUACAAUGCACUAAUGAAGACAGCAAUGCUAAAAAUCACACUGCUCCACAGUAAAGGUAUUGACAGCUCUGUCAAGAUCAAUACACUACACUGCCCUGCAAAAUGAACAGAGAGAAGCCUGUCACGCUAACGUUGCCUUACUCAGCUCUGUCCAUGUGUUUAUAUGACCUGUCUGUCCAUCACCUUGCUUUCCAGCUACCGUGCUGUCCAGAAAAAGAAAAAAAAAAAACAGGAAAGAAAAAAAAACACGCCAGUGCAUUGAUGGUCACUGUUGGUCUAUAUCUGUGAAAAAAUCUUGUGCUGCUUUCUGUACACUUGGAGAUGUUUAACUUUAAGCUGUAAUUGUAUGAAAUAUUGUUACUGGCAAAAUGUUGAUAAAAGCAAAAUUAUCAAUUUGAUCCCUAGACACUGACAGAGUGAGAUAUUGUGCUAGCUAGAGAGCCAAAUGAGGAGACCUUUGCUCUCCUCUGAAUUUUCUUGUGUUUAUAUAAACAUACAGUCACUACAUGAAUCCUACUAAGCUGCAUCUUUGUUAAGCUGCUAAUAGCUAAGAACGGUGCUAUACCAUCCAAAGUGAAAUUGGAGGUUGAUCUCCUACCAGCAGUGUAUGCACUUGUGUCGAAUGUUACAAAUUUAUUUUGGUUUGAGAUAAUGGAAUCUGGACUUACGGUGUUAUGAUCACUUAAAAACUUUUAUGAAAUAGUCUGAUCAUAAAGCACUGUUGUAUCAUCCUUUCUACACUUCUGAAUCUUUACAGAAUAAACUGAAUACUCACCAAGCA